UCAAGGCUCCCCGCUCACGCAGCCCUGCUCUAGGAAAACAAAGCUUAAUUUCCACGAAAUCUUUUCUUUCCCCCUUCUCUGACGACCAUCGCUUUUUAUUUUCGGCCAAGUUACGUUCCCGGGGUGCAGCUCCAAAGGGGAUCGCAGUGCAGAAGGGGCAGAUCCGGGCAGGUUGUUUAUCUAUAGUAUUGGGGGGACCUUGAAACAGCCGAUGUCCUAUUUCCUCUGUUGUUUUGCUUCUCUUAGUCUGGAUUCUCCAUGUUGAACCAAUUCUGAUAUUUGGGCUGGGACCUGCCUGUGUAUGUAUGCGCUAUAUGUUAUGUGCACCAUCGUCUCCCCGGCUGCACGAUCUGACCCUGAGCUCGGUAAGCACGAUACGGUUGUAUAGUCCGGGAUUUGCAGGGGAGAUCGCUGGGGUGGAGGAGAAGAUCUGCAGAUCAGAUCUGGGAAGACAAGAUCAGCACUGGAUCCCUGCAAGUAUUAGAUGGAAAGCAGCUGUAUCAUCACCCAAGUGCAGCGAGAAGAGCCUCUGGUGCAUCCAAAACAAGGGCUAGUCUCCAGGUCCUCGCCAAAGAAGCCUAGAAGUCGGAGCAUAUUUAAGGCACUUUUCUGUUGCCUCAGUGCACAGAAUGUCAAUCGACAAGGAGGCACCGGUGAACCUCCCACCCAAAAGGAGGAUACCCAAACUACCCCAAAGUCGGAGUUACUUCAGUGUCUUCAGUAUCAGUUUUACCAGAUUCCAGGUACCUCAUUACUCCCUGAGGUAGUGCCGAAAGAUAAAGGAAAAAUAUGCAUGGUGAUAGACUUAGACGAAACGCUGGUUCAUAGCUCUUUUAAGCCAAUCAACAAUGCAGAUUUUAUCGUUCCCGUAGAGAUUGAGGGGACCACUCAUCAGGUGUAUGUUCUCAAGAGGCCUUAUGUGGAUGAAUUUCUGGAAAGAAUGGGAGAGCUCUAUGAAUGUGUACUAUUUACUGCUAGCCUUGCCAAGUAUGCCGAUCCAGUGACUGAUCUUCUGGACAAGGAAGGAGUCUUCCGUUCCCGUCUCUUCAGGGAAGCCUGUGUAUUCCACCAGGGCUGCUAUGUCAAAGACUUGAGCCGUCUGGGGAGGGACCUGAAGAAGACGAUCAUUCUAGACAACUCUCCAGCAUCUUACAUCUUCCAUCCAGAAAAUGCUGUACCGGUGCAGUCGUGGUUUGAUGACAUGGGAGACACAGAACUUUUAAGCCUCAUCCCAAUCUUUGAGGAGCUCAGUUACUCUGAGGACAUUUACGCAAGUCUUGGACAGCUAAGGGCACCUUAAGACUCUUUGGUCUUGACUUUGUUUUUUCAGGGGACUUUUUAUAUAUCAAAUAUUCUUUUAUUUUUGUCUUUCCAAACUUCUCACUCGCUGUGCCUUUGGCCUCAGAGGAAGAGGAACAAAAACUGAUAUUCAUAAGCAGAAUAAGAAUUUCAAGGGGAAAUUCCUCUGCCCUUAGCAAGCAAACUGGCUAUGGCUUUCACUCCUAAUGGCUUGCAUGUCUAGCGGCAUGUAAGCAGUGAAUGCAGGGAUCUAUUAGUGCCAUCAAUUUGGUGCACUAGUAGAAGACAGUGUCCUUUUUUAUAAUGGUACCGUGUACCUAUGGUUUUCGGUUCUCUACUACUGUUUAGCUUUCAUAUAAUAUAAUAUGUCAGGCUGUAACAUGAAUGAGGAAGGUGCAAUGCCAAGAUGCUGAUAACUGAAAGGGCACACACAGGUACUUUAGAAAGUUCAAUAACUUAACACUCGCUAAGGAUCAGGCUGCUUAAAUGGGACACCUACAUCACUUUUUUUUCACAGAUUCCUUAAUUCUCCACUUGCCAAUGUCUGGCCAUAUGCAUAUUUUUAACUGAAUGCACUUGCCUUGGUUACUGUUGGCACUCACUGGCAUUUGUUGCCCUUUGCAGUCAGUCGUGUCUUUUUGGAAACCUGCUUUACUGUCAUGAUGCCAUCACAAAAGAUUAUUUUUCUUGUCUCGCUAGAAAUGGAUCUAUAUGGUAUUUAUAUUAUAGUUCAAGAUAAAGGCUUUACUGUCCAGGUGCUGACAGCACACCCCUGCUUAAUGGUAAUGCCAGUGAUGUACAGGGUAUUGUUAUUACGAAGACAUGUAUGGCAAAAACACUGUGCAGAUGGUGUAAACAUAGGGCUACUUAUCACUAGUUACACUGUCAUAUUAACACCUUCUGUUUUUCACCCCGCAUUUACUUGGUGGAACAAAAAAAAAAUCUCAAAGCCAAAGGAAUUUUUAGUGAUUGAUGUUUUUAGCCACUGAGAUUAUAUGUAAUAUUUUUUUUCUAAUAUCUGACUUGAAUCAAAGAUGUUUAUCCGUCUGCUGCAACGGUGGAUGGGCGAGGGACUGGUCUGAAUAGCUUUACUGUUUGAUCUCUCUUGAUGGCUCGGUAGUAGUUUUUAUCGAGCCUGUGGACAGUGGUGCUUGGGAACUUAGACCUGUUAUUGACCAUACACUACAGAGCCGAUGCCUUACUAUAGCAAAGGGUAUGAGAACCAUUCUCCCCUUUUAUUUAUAAUUCCAUUGGCACCUGCCCAGCUAUAAGAGGGCUAUGGCCUUACAAUGCCAGUAUUUGGUCACUGAGCAGGGACUUUCCUGAUAGGUAAUGAAUGGAAAACCAUGCAGUGCCUUUUUUGGCUAUUUUAAACAUAUUUUACAAGCCUGUAGAUAAAGAGCUAUUUUUUACUCUUUAUAACACUCAUUGUUUCUGAAUUUGGGAUAUGUAGCUUUCAUCUUCAGACCUUCUUUUUUCAUGCUGCCUCUCAGGUAGUGAGUCUGCAAGAUUCUGUAAGACUGUUACAAAGUAGACCUCAGGGGAAACACUCCUUCUAAAAUAUAAAUCACAGAACGUGGCUGAUCCACCGCUGAGUCAACCGUCCUUGUUUUUGACUAACACUUCUGCACAUAUGUCAGCAAAAAAUAAAAAAAAAAAGGAUAGGAAAAAAGAAUAACGUACAUUCCUGUGUGUCUUUCUAUGGUGUGAGGAUGUGCGUUUUGGAUACAACCUUCUUGAAUGAGGGUCUACAAUAAAUAUUAGGUUUUUUUUUUCUUCUAUUUUAGGUUGAGCAGCUGUUGGAUGGUUUUGCAGCACAUUGCUGUAUUUAAAGUUCUACAAGACUGAUUGAAUGGGUGAAUUGUUAAAAUAUGUAAUCCCUUUAACAGAGCAUGUAAUAAAAUCUAUUUUUCUGCCCUA